AUGGAGGCCUGUGUGGCCUCAGCAGUAUUGAGAGUGAGGAGGAAGCGAGGAGAGGAGCCCCCUGAGGCACUCUUUGUCCCCUGUAAAAGGCAGAGGAGGGAGGAUGGAGGCGAGGACUGGGGGUCCCCCCCUUCCCUGCCCCUGGGGCAGAACAUCUUCUUCAAGCUGGCGGCUACAGUGUCCUCCCAGCAUGAACCUGUUCCAAAGUAUGUCAGGGAAGCUCUCCACAGACAGAGAGCCACCAGAGCCCUGAAGCCCUCAUGUCAGAGUCAGCAGAGGAUCCGGCAACAUCUCCUAGCUAGGAAGCAGGGCUCCAGGCAGGAUGAGCGCUACCGCCUGCUCUCCAGGCACCGAGCCCCUGCUUCACAGGCACAGGCACAGGCACCCCAGCCGCCUCCAGACCCUGCCCACACCACUCAGGGCCACCAGCUAGACUCUGGUCAUACCACACCAAAGUCACAAGGACAGCAAGGAGCCACACUUCCCCAGGCACCCUCUGCACAAGGCUUCCACUCAUUUGACAGCGUUCCUCAGGCCACCUCUGACAAAGAGAAGCCCUGCACGCCUGACACCUGCACUCAGGACCCUGACCCAGAUGUCAUCCUCUCUCAUGCUGUCAAGCUCAUGCGGGAGCACCUAGCCAUCUCCGAGGAAGGCAAAGGAAGGCAGCAUCGGGAAAGAGAGCAAGAUUAUGUCUAU